AUGGGCAUCUUGCCGUCCUGCAAGCUGUUUGCACCAUUGAAGACGGCGCAGCCGCCCCUCAGCACUGCACUGCAGCGCGCAAAUGCAGCAAAGGCACGAGGUUCCCUCCAGAACUACCAGGCUUCUCGGAUUCUCUCCUCUCUGGCUGACUGGGGCACCAUGCCAGGUGGUGCAGUUCCAGCCUGGGUGGAGCAUCUUCCAGCGGACAGCCCACUAGGUCGCCGAUGGACAAAGGCAGCUUCCAUGGACCUCUUUGCGAGGGAACCAGGACUUCUCUUCCGCAUGCUGAUGUUCUGCGGCGAGGUGCAGACCCUCGCCAUGGCUGGGCGUAGCUGCUGCUGCUGGCGGCAGCUGCUCCUGGACACGGCACGGCCCUCGCAGAGGGGCACUAGUCAGCCUCCGCGCCGGCUCUGGAGUUGGGUCCUCCGCUUCGGGCGGCCGCCGUCCGCUUCGCAGCGCCUUGGUUUCUGGCGCUGGGCCAUCAGCAGCCUCCCAGAGGAUGCCGGCAAUCACCAUGCAGCCGCACUCUUGAGCAGAGCAGCGGCUGCUCGUUCUUCGAGUGAUGCUUCGAGUUCUUCGCGGCCAGAGCCAUCUCCUUCGCCGACGGAAGCUCUCUUGGAAACCGCCGCCAGGGUGGAUGCCUUGAGCUUGGCUCGCCUUAGCAGCGGCCUAGCCGGAGGGGCACCCAGCGCGGAGGCGGCCCAGGCGACGGCCAGUGGCAUCGCUGCAGCCAUAAGCAGUGCACAAGGCUCUGCUUCCAGAGACCAGAGGCUGCCACCAGACAUCCUCACAAGGCUCCUCCAAGAGCCCUGGCUCUGCCAAAGGCUUUGGCUCCUCUCCGACGUGGCCCUGCCGUGGCUGGCUCUUCAGUGCCGUCAUUUUCAGGUCGCCAUAGCUGCACAUCUUCCCAACUUGUUCCGGCAUCUCAUGGGUGAAGGCCUCGCUCCGGAGCUCUUCUUCUGCCGCUGGCUUCAGG